UCCCCCACCCCCACCCCUGAAACCACUGUCAGAUUUAUAGGAAAGAGACAGUUUUUGGAGGGAUCACCCCAGACUACACUGUCUCCACUCUUCCAGCCCUGUCAGAAAUUGUGACUAUGCUUUCCAGAGGGACAAGAACUGUGGCUGCCUCAGAAAGCAGGAUGUUUCUCCUUUCCUUUCUGCUCCUGGGCCUCUGGGGCUGUGUGACCUGCCACUGGAACCCUGUGGAAGACAUCUGUACUGCCAAGCCUCGGGACAUUCCUGUGAAUCCCAUGUGCAGUUACCGGGCUCCAGAGAAGAAGGCAACUGAAGAUGAAGGCUCAGUGCAGAAGAUCCCGGAGGCCACUAACCGGCGUGUGUGGGAACUGUCCAAAGCCAACUCCCACUUUGCCACUGUUUUCUAUCAGCACCUGGCAGACUCCAAGAAUGACAAUGAGAAUAUUUUCCUGUCACCGCUAAGUAUCUCGACAGCUUUUGCUAUGACUAAGCUGGGUGCCUGUGACAACACCCUUAAGCAGCUGAUGGAGGUUUUUAAGUUUGAUACCAUCUCUGAGAAAACAUCUGAUCAGAUUCACUUCUUCUUUGCCAAACUGAACUGCCGACUCUAUCGAAAAGCCAAUAAAUCUUCUGAGUUGGUGUCAGCUAACCGCCUCUUUGGAGACAAAUCCCUUACUUUCAAUGAAACCUACCAGGACAUUAGUGAAGUCGUUUAUGGAGCCAAGCUCCAGCCCCUGGACUUCAAGGAAAAUGCAGAGGAGUCCCGAACAUUCAUCAACAACUGGGUGUCCAAUAAGACAGAAGGGCGCAUCAAAGAUGUCGUUCCCCCAGAAGCCAUUGAUGAGCUCACUGUCCUGGUGCUGGUUAAUACCAUUUACUUCAAGGGCCUUUGGAAGUCCAAGUUCAGCCCUGAGAACACAAGGGCAGAGCAGUUCCACAAGGCUGGUGGGGAGUCAUGUUCAGCUCCCAUGAUGUACCAGGAAGGCAAAUUCCGCUACCGGCGGGUGGCAGAGGGCACUCAGGUGCUGGAGCUUCCUUUCAAGGGGGAUGACAUCACCAUGGUGCUCAUCCUGCCCAAGCUGGAGAAAAGUCUAGCCAAAGUGGAGCAGGAACUUACCCCAGAAGUGCUGCAGGAGUGGUUGGAUGAGCUGGAUGAGGUGCUGCUGGCUGUGCACAUGCCCCGCUUCCGCAUUGAAGACAGCUUCAGCGUGAAGGAGAGGCUGCAAGAUAUGGGCCUCGUGGACCUGUUUAACCCUGAAAAUUCCAGGCUCCCAGGUAUUGUUGCAGGAGGCCGAAGUGACCUGUAUGUCUCAGACGCGUUCCAUAAGGCAUUUCUUGAGGUGAAUGAGGAAGGCAGUGAAGCUGCAGCAAGUACGGUCAUCGGAAUAGCUGGGCGCUCACUGAACCCUAACAGAGUGACCUUCAAGGCCAACCGGCCCUUCCUGGUUCUUAUAAGAGAAGUUGCUCUGAAUACUAUUAUCUUCAUGGGCAGAGUGGCCAACCCCUGUGUUAAUUAAAGUGUUCUUACUCUGCACCACUUCCUAUUUUGGUCUGUACAUAGGAGUAAAAAUAGAUAAAAUGCUCCACCUCACAAUUAUGAAUGGACUUUGCCAGCUGAAAUGAAGAUGAGGGAGGGAAGAGACGAGAUGCUGUCAAGUAUUUGGUAAAAAGAGGCUUCCAGUUCUUCUGUACUGGGGAAUACUCAAGUCAAGAGAGAGGGAGUCACGGUGUCAUCUUGAAAGCUGGCAGGCAUCCUUACAGGGCAGGGGAGCAUGAAACCUCAGCAACCCCCCCAAAAAAAAAAAAAAAGAAAGAAAGAAAAUUUCCAAUGAGUUGUUCUCCAUAUACAGAAAAGACAGAUUCUGACUUGAGUAUUAAACCAUUUAAUUCUCAAACCA